CUUUUUUUGUUUUUUCGUUGUUUGUUCAGCGAUUCUCACGAUCUGAUGAUAAUUUGCGGCAGUGAAAACGGGCGAUGAGGGCGAAUAAUUAGAUCUUGGGCGGUUCGUGGUUACUUUCGAACGUUUCUUCCGGCUGGACCACCAAAAGACCACCUCCCGGAACACGGGAAACACAAGAGAUGCUUACGUCGAAAAUAAGCAAAGUGAGCAAGGUGGUGAUCUGCGGUGCAAAAGGGGUCGGAAAAACCGCUAUCCUGGAGCAGCUCAUCUACGGGAAUGUUACGAUCGAUUCGGAACUGCACAGCACGAUAGAGGACACGUACGUGGCCAGCGUCGAUACCGGAAAGGGGAGCAGAGAUAUGCUUCGCAUCUACGAUACGGCCGGAUUGCAGGGUAAUGUACAGCUGCCGCGCCACUAUCUUCUCUAUCCGGAUGCCUUCAUCGUCGUGUACGAUCCAAGCGAUCCGGCCAGUCUCGAUAUGCUGGCCGGUAUUAAAAGUGAUAUCGACAAGUACAAGGAAAAGAAGGAGAUUAUCAUUAUAGUGAUAGCCAAUAUGCGGUCUCGCAAUCCACGCUCGAUCGGUACGUCACCCAACGAAGGUUCACCGAAUGGGAACCACCACCUGAACGGUAGUAACCAGAUGAGCAGCAGCGAUAUGAUUGAAUCGAAUCUCAACCGGGCCAACAACUGGUGUGCCCGGGAACGCAUCAAGCACUACACGGUGAAUGCGAUGGAACGGGCCUCACUGUACGAACCGUUCGUCCAGCUGGCCAUACGACUGUAUCCAACGCAAACGAAGAGCUCGUUCCAGCUGAGACAGCUCACUGGCCAGAAGGCGUCGAGGGUGGACAAUAGCUAAUGCAUUUAUACCCUUCCAACCCCCUCCUCGAAUAUGGCAAGGAAACGGAUGCAAAACCAAAAACAGAAAAGGCCAAACGAGCAUCACGCCUCAACCGCGGGCGGGACUAGCCCCGUGGGUGGGAGUUUUUUUUUCCUAUUGGUCUCUUCCUAGCUUAGUCUAGCGUUCGAGCCGUUAGUGGCGGCUCUUAGUGUUUAACAACGCUCAACGCUGCAAGUGUACUGGAAUUGUCACUAAACUAUCUAUCGGACUGUAUUGUACUCCUCUUAAGCGGCAAUGUAUUUAAUUAUGUUUUUUUUUGUUGUUUCAUCUUAUUCAUUGUCUGUGACAACAGUUUGUAUAUAGUGAAGCACUAUGGAUACUUAAGUUUGCAAUUUACCCGACCGGAAGCUCAGUUCAGGGAGCUGUUAUAUAGUUUAAACAAUAUAUUAUUCAAUUAUGAAACCCAA